AUCAUGCACGAGGAAAUGGAUUUGAUCUCAGAGCCAUAUGAUCAGAUGGGUUUGAUCGAUGUCCUACCAUAUCUCAAUCCAUCAUGUGUAGCUCACAAGAACUCCAAAGGGAUCAAAAACCACAUGCAUUCAACCUCCACCCCAAGUCAGGCAUAUAAUGUGGAAGCCGAUGAAGAACAGAUAGAGAGGAGUAUCACUACCACUCACUGCUCGGUGAUAAGAAUGGUAUACUGUGCAAGAUGUUGCUUGCACAACUCAAUGAGAGCUUUGAAUUUCUUAGUCAAUAUCUUCGGUGCCGGAGUGAUCAUCUACACUCUAUGGCUGCUCAAGAAGUGGCAGGAUGGAGUUACUGAGCUGCCUCCUGUGCACAUUGUUCCUAAACCAUGGUUUAUAUAUGCAUGUUUAGGUGUGGGAAUGGCUGUCUGUUUCAGCACACUUUGCAGUUAUCUUGUUGCUCAUUGCAUCACCGAUUCUACUCUUCUUCUCAUAUACAUAGUCUUUGUCUUCUCUCUUCUUUGCCUUGAAGUUGCAGUGGUUGUUGCAAUUUUCUUCAAGAUGAACUGGGCAGCGAAACUUGCAGAGUACAUAGAUGACCCCAAGUUCAAGAAGUUCAUGUUAUUUCAUCUUUACUUGUGUCGUCUCAUUGCGAUUCUAAUUUUGGUACCGCAGAUCAAAUGUGUAGUUUUAGCAAUCAUUCUUUGGGCUAUUGGUAGCGAGCCACUGAGUCACUGCAACUAUUCUGAUCAUGUAACUGACUUUAGAUAUUCAUUUCUGGCGAUACCAAGCCCAACAUCUUUCCUCAAUAUGUCGAGUCGUGGCUCCAGAAAUUAUGAAGCCUUGCCAAGAUCAGAUCAAUGUGAAUAUCCGCCACGGCAGAGCUUUUUCUCACAUAUUAACAGAUUUUUCAGAAUGCAGUUUCAUAGAAGAGUCACACUUAGUUAGAGCAUUAGUACAAACACACUAAUUUGAUCUCCCUAAGUUCCCUAAUGUUUACUCUUCUUCUUUUUUUCUUGGUACUUCAUUCUGAUACAAAUGCAACUCUCAUUAUGUUAUACCAUCUAAUGAGUAUGAUGCAUCACUGCAAGUGAAA